UGGGGCCGCUGAACUCCCCCCCGGCCCGCAGAGGGGAAACUGAGGCACGGAGCCACGUGGCCGGGUGGGGCGAGAACCCAGGAGUCCUGGCGGCGGCGCCACGGAGUCCCCCGGGCGGCCAGCAGCAUGCGUCUGGCCGGACCAUGGGCUCCACGCGGGUGACGGCGAAGGAGCUGUGCGAGAAUGACGACCUGGCCACCAGCUUGGUGCUCGACUCCUACCUGGGCUUCAAGACCCACAAGAUGAACGUCAGCCCGCUCCCCGCCAUCCGGAGGCAGCACCACCUGCGAGAGGCGGUGGAGGCGUUUCGCCGGCGCCGGGACCUGGACGCCGCCUACCGCGCCCUCAUGCUGGGCGAAUGGGCCGGCCCGUACUUCAAGAGCCGCAGCCGCCAGCAGGAGACGGCGCUAAAAACCCACAUAUUCCGCUACCUCCGCAUCUUUCUCCCGGAGAGCGGCUUCGUGAUCUUGCCGUGCAGCCGCUACUCCCUGGAGACCAACGGGGCCCAGGUGGUGUCCACAAAGUCAUGGAGGAAGAACGACAAGCUGGAGCUGCUCGUGGGCUGCAUCGCGGAGCUGACGGAGCCGGACGAGAGCCUGCUGCGGGCCGGGGAGAACGACUUCAGCAUCAUGUACUCCACGCGCAAGCAAUGCGCCCAGCUCUGGCUGGGCCCCGCCGCCUUCAUCAACCACGACUGCAGGCCGAACUGCAAGUUUGUCCCAACGGAGGGGAACACGGCCUGCGUCAAGGUACUCAGGGACAUUGAGCCGGAGGACGAGAUCACCUGCUUCUAUGGCGACGGCUUCUUCGGGGAGAACAACGAGCUGUGCGAAUGCCGCACCUGUGAGAGGAAGGGGGAAGGUGCCUUCCGGCUGCGGAAGAAGGACCCCUCGCAAUCUACCUCAGCCCAGAAGAAAUACCUGCUCCGGGAGACGGACGGGCGGCUGCAGCGCUGGAAGGGGCGGGGCUCCAAGCAGGCGCAGCCCCAGAGCAUGCGGCGGCGGCGUAGGGCCCGGCGCAGGAGGGAGCAUGGCUGCGCUUCCCAGCGCCGAGCCCCGUGCCGCGGACCGGCCUCCUCUCUCGCGGCUCUGGGCGCCAGCCCGGUGAAGGACCUGCGGAUCUCCCUGCACGACUGCGUGGCCUGCCAGGCCACGGGGGGAGCCGGCUGCCGGCUGCGGAAGCCGCUCUGGGUCACCCUGCCAUGGUGGGGCCCCAGGGCCCGGCAGCCUGGCCCUGCACCAGCCGGCACCAUCGUCCUCCGUCGCUCCCUGCGCAGAUGCUGCCGGGCGCAGCGGGACGACAGCUGCUGCACGGCCGCCGGCCUGGGUGUCCCGCGGCCCACGCCACCUGGCCCGACCCACGCGGAGCUGGGGGGCAGGCUGCCCAGGGGGCUGGCCGGGCAGGGCUCUGGGGCGGCAUCCCCCCUGGCUUGGGAGCUGCACGGGUUCAGAACUGCUGGCAGGAGCUGCCCCAGACGGGGCUUGGAGGAGACUCGCCCAUGCACAAGGCCCUCUGGUGGAGUUCUGCAGCUCCGGGCCGGGGUCACUGGGCCCCCUAGUGGAGCCCUGAAGCUGUGCGCUAGGGACACACAGCUCCGCCCCGGGGACUCGGGGCCCCCUGGUGGAGCUCUGGAGCUCUGCCCCGGGGACUCGGGGCCCCCUGGUGGAGCUCUGGAGCUCUGCCCCGGGGACUCGGGGCCCCCUGGUGGAGCUCUGGAGCUCUGUCCCGGGGACUCGGGGCCCCCUGGUGGAGCUCUGGAGCUCUGCCCCGGGGACUCGGGGCCCCCUGGUGGAGCUCUGGAGCUCUGCCCCGGGGACUCGGGGCCCCCUGGUGGAGCUCUGGAGCUCUGCCCCGGGGACUCGGGGCCCCCUGGUGGAGCUCUGGAGCUCUGCCCCGGGGACUCGGGGCCCCCUGGUGGAGCUCUGGAGCUCUGCCCCGGGGACUCGGGGCCCCCUUCUGGGGACACGCGGCUCCGUGCCGGGGACUCGGGGGCCCCCGAUGGAGCCCUGGAGCACCGCACCAGGGACACCCAGCUUUGCCCCCCUGCUCCUCAGCCCCCCAGCCAGCUGGUCUGUCUGACCAGGAGUAUGGCCCGGCAGCAGGCCAAGGCCAUGCCUCCUGCCAGGCCCCACCCCCCCCAGCCCGAGCCGCCGGCGGCCGGCCAGCAAGGCCCCCCCGGGCAGAGACGACCCCAAGCUCUCCCUCUACGCCCAUGUCCGCCUGGAGACAGUGAGGCCGCGCUGGCCGGAGCAGGAGGAGCCCAAACGGACAGUGACCUUUCACCCCUUCACCCCCCCGAAACGCCUGCGGCUGGUGGUGAGCCACGGCUCGAUCGACCUCGACGUGGCCUCCAGCGAGGAGUUGGCCUGAGGCUCAGGGACCGGGAGGGGCCCAGCUCCCUCCUCACCUGGCUGACCCACCCCCCUCCCCCCAGCCCAGGAGCCGGAGCCCCUCCUGGAGCAAGAGGCUCUAGCCCAGCGGGGGUCUGGGUCUCUGAAGCACAUGCCCCCCUCCCCCCAGGGAUUGCACUGAGCCACCCCCCUACCCCAUUGGACAGAGCUUUUCCGGACCCCCUCCCACGCCAGGGUGCCUGGGGUGCUGGUGGUUUGUUGGUGACUUCUGGCGUCUGGUUCAAGCGGGACCCUUUGGGGUUGUUUAUAGUCAGUUUGGCAGGAGGCCCCAGCCCCGAUGAGGGGAGUGGGUGCAAACAGGCUGCUGGGACAUGGGGCCUUUCCCCUCUCGGGGGCCCUGGCCCGGAUCCGGCCCCCAUGCGGGGACUGGCUGGCUCAGGGGCAGGGAAUGGGGCAUGGGGCCUUUCCCCUCUAGGGGGUGCCUGCCCCAGAGUGGGGACUGGCUGGCUCGGGGGACAGGCAAUGGGGCCUUUGAGGGGGCGCCGGCUUUGAUCCCACCCCAGAGUGGGAACUGUCUGGAAAGCGGGGUGCUGGGCAUCAGGAUGGAGGGCACUGGUCCCCCCCACCCGUCUGCUCCCCAGAUUGUGGGCACAUGUCUGCCCUGUCCUGCCACCGGCCGUGUACAACACCCAGCCCUUGGCUAAGGCUUUCAGUGGGGCCUGGGCCAGAUACCCCGGCGGGGGGCACUAGCCCACCGCCUGGCAUCCUGCACAGGGAGAUGCCCGGCAGCCGGUUAUGAAACCAGCCUGGGUAGCAGCUCGUGCCAACUCAGCCUUGCACCCUACAGCUGGGGGGGCUGCACAUGGGGCCCCUGUCUCCCCGGCAUCCUUAACCCUUUGCAGGCCAGCCCCCUGGUGGGGGCCCAGAGGGGCGUUCAGAUGCUGCCCUGGCCCAGGACGCCUGGGUUCCCACCUGGGCCAAACAGGCUGUACAGGAUGGUGAGUUCGUUAGUCAUUAGGGGCUCGGGUUGAUCCCCCAGUUCUCACCUCAGAGACAUCCCUUGCGUUUAGAUUGGAAGGGCCAGAUUUCCCCCACCCCCGGUGUCGGUGGGCUGUAGCUCCAUUGGACUCAUGGGGGCCAGCCACCCAGCAGGGCCUACGGCUGACCCCCAAGGGAGCAAAGGCUGAUUAACCCCAGUGGGGGCUGUGGCUGUCCCUCCCCCCCCCCCAAUCUCUGGUGCUAGUUCGGUGUGUUUUCUCCCUCAGAUCCCCAGCUGCUGGAGUCAGGGGGUGAGGGGAGAAUUGUGGUGUUUGAUUAAAAAAAAAAAAAAAAAACUUUCCUAGGUGGGGUGGGGGGGAAGCCCCCCAGAAAAAGGGGCCUGGCCUGACUACAUUGAAAGCUCCUGGGAGUUUUUGUGAUCACAUCAAUUUUGGUCCCUGAGGCCCAGCUGGUGGAUUUUGAUCCCUGGGGGCUGAUCGGGGUGGGGCCCAAAGGGCUUUAUUUCUAACAAGCCCUGGCUGGCGGCCCCCGGCCCCCUUGAUUCCUGGAACUUGGUGUUCCUUGCCCCCUUACUGGCUUGGGAGGUGGGGGAGUGACCUCAGGCUGGUUAAAGGGAGCAUCUGAACGCCCCACCUGAGUUGCUGCAUGACGUAGUGUUUAGGGUUCUCCAUAGUGGGGGGCUGGGUCCAAAGGAUAGUGGGGACAGUAGGAGCGGGGAGCCAGGACUCCUGGGUUUGGUCCCCAGCUGUGGGAGGGGAGCAGGGUCUAGUGAUGGGGGCGCGGGAGGGCUGAGAACCAGGACUCCUGGUUUCUGUCCUCAGCUGUGAGAGGGGAGUGGGGUUUAGUGAUUGGGGGGGUGGCGGCUAGGAGUCAGGACUCUGGUUCUGUCCCCAGCUGCGGGAGGGGAGUGAGGGGAAAGGGGGGGGGGCGGGUGGCAGGACUCCUGGGUCGCAACCCCAGCUGCACCUUGGCCUGGGCCCAGUCACGUCACCUCUGUGCCUCAGUUUCCCCAUCUGAAAAAUGGGUUUCACACUUACCUACCUCACUGGGAGAGGGAGGAGGCGAAGCCAUUUCUGAAGCGUCCAAGAAACAGCUCUUCCCCUGACAGGGUGCAGCGCCCCCUUUCCCUGCCCCCUACCCCUCCAUGGGGCCUGCAGACCCUGGGCUUUGCAGGCAGGGUGGGGGGAACCUCCUGUUCCAGCCCAGCUGACCUGAAACUCCCACGCGGCGUGUGUUGGUGAUAGAUUUCACCCCACCCCGAUUCAGCCGCCCCUGCUCCCCACAGCCCCCUCAGGGCUUACGGUCGGUCCUGCCAAGGCAGAGGGUGGCCGGAUGCCUGGGUUCUUCCGGGCGGGGGGAGGGUGCGAACACUGUUACACCUGCUGAACUGUGUAUCACCUGGGGGGGCUCUGCACUGGAAGAGGGGAUGGGACUGGAAAAGUGGGGUGACUCGUUUGCACCCCUGUGGGCUAGCCCUACAGCUGAUCCCAGGAUGGGGGGGGUGGAUUGGUGCUAGGGGCACAAGGUGCAAAGCUGGGGGUGGGAGACCCCCAUCGGGGAAUGUGCCCAGCUCUGGGGGAGGGUGGGGACCCAGGGGGUUCUCAGCCCCCCUCCGGGGGUGGAGCUCAGCUGGGUGUGUUUGUGUCAGGUUUUUGGAGGGGGAGGCAGGGGGAGAGAAAUUCCCCUUUUAAAAACAAGUAGGGAAAAAAACAUGGUUGGAAUAAAGAUUUUUCUAAAAGA